AUGAGCAGAUAUAAAUGUGGACUAACAUCACUGACCAAAAAUCGUUGUGUUCCGUUAAAGGAAAUUAAUAUUCAGGUGGCGAUCCAUGGAUUCAUAGCAAACGUGACUUCUGAUCUUUUUUAUAUUAACGACUCUGACGAGAACAUCGAAACAGAGUUCGUGUUUCCAUUAGACUCUGAGGCAGCGGUCUACAAGUUUGAAGCCGACAUAGACGGCAGGGCCAUUGUAGCAGAGGUUCAGGAAAAAUCACAGGCAAAAGAGACAUACAAAGAUGCCAUUGAUUCUGGUCAUAGUGCCAUGUACAUGGGAGAAGAUGACAACGCUGGAGAUAUAUUUCGUCUUAAACUCGGAAAUUUCCCUGCCAAGAAAGCUGCUAAACUCACAUUUGCUUAUGCAAUGGAGCUGGAUUUGUCCUCCGAUAAUACAGGGACAUUUAUGCUCCCAACAGUUCUUAAUCCAAGAUAUGCCCCCGACUGCUCAACAAAAGAUGAACCAAAGUCAGAGGAGAAUAACACAGCAAAAAUCUUUACAUCUGAGUGCGACAUUGGAAUGACAUACUGUUCAGAUUUUACCAUGAAUUUGGAAGCUGUAGUUGAUGGGGGUGAAAAUCUUUUGGAUUCAGAAAACAAGAUUGAGUUUGAUGUGGUGGCAGAUACACUCGAAAAUAAGAUGACGUCAUCAAAACAGCUCAAACAUGGAUCUGAUUUCACAUUAGUUUUAAACUACAAAGGUUUUGAGAAUCCAGGAACUGUGCUAGAGAAAGGAAUGAAAGACUGUGGAAAGUCGUUUUUAUCGACGGAUGUACUGAUGAUUAAUUUCUCACCAGAAUUCAAGAACUUGGACACGGACAUGCCAUGUGAAUUUGUUUUUAUAAUUGAUCGUUCUGAGUCAAUGAGAGGUCCUCGUAUGAAGAAAGCCAAGGAGACCUUACUGCUGCUCUUGAAGAGUCUUCCUGUGAACUGUAUCUUCAAUGUCGUCAGCUUUGGGUCACGUUUUUCUUCUUUGUUUCCAAAAAGUGUAGAGUAUAACGAGAAGAAUUUAGAAGAAGCUCUCAAUCUACAAAAGACGAUGGAAGCUGAUAUGAGAGGGACAGAAAUCUUCAAACCGUUGGAAAAUGUCUUCAGUAAUAAACCGUCUGGUUUCUAUGCUAGACAAGUUUUUCUGCUGACAGAUGGAGAAGUCAGGAAUAUUCCAGAAAUAAUCAAAUUAGUGAAAAACCAGAAAAACACCAGAGUCUUUACCUUUGGUAUUGGAGAUGGCUGUUCAACAGAACUGAUAAGGGAGGUCGCCAAAGCAAGCAACGGAAAAGCCACUUUUGUGAAAGACACUGAUAGACUACAGUCGAAGGUUAUGUCUGUGAUGAAGAACAGUGUACAAUGUGGAAUUACGGAUGUGUCAUUAACUUGGAAUAUCCCUGAAGGUUGCUCUGUCCUCAAUGCUCCUGAAGAAGUCCCUCCAGUUUUUCAAGGAGAAAAACUAAUUCUUUAUGCAAUUAUAUCGGGAGAUGUAUCAGAGCAUUCCUCAAAGACACAGUCGAUGAAGUUGACAGGUAAGGUAGGUGACAAAAAUGUGGAAUAUAAUGUGGAUUUUGUCUUGAACACCAGCAAGUCUGACGACACAGAUGGAUCAUGUCCACUUCAUAGAUUAGCGACUAAAUCCAGAUUAUCAGAGAUGGAAAUAAAAAAUGCCGAUGAGAGUUUAAUGGUGGCAUUAAGCACAGAAGUGAAUGUGACAUGCAAGCAUACUGCGUUUGUAGGUGUAGAUAGAAAGGGCAAAGAAAUUGUAACAAAAUAUAUAGAUACAGAAUAACACAAGGAAUUAAACAAAGGUGGAAGCAUUAAUUAUUUUAAUUCACUUUGUGCAAGAGGAAUAAAAUCAAUGCCAACGCCUCAGUGCCCUCUACCAUUUUGUCCACCUCGGCCUGGUCGGAAUCGUCAUUCAGCUCGACCACCUCCGCCACCUGAGCUACCUGAGCAAGAUCUGUCACCUCUGUCUGCUUCAAAACCUUG